AGAUUACAGUAGACACGUAGACCACUGUCACCUCACGGGAAAGUUUAGGGGGGUUUGUCAUGGUUACUGUAAUUUAAAUUUCAAACUGGAAAAAGAAGUGAUAUGUGUGCUUCAUAACAGCGAACGGUAUGACACGCAUUUAAUACUUCAAGCAUCUACUAAGUUUGCUGAUAGAAAACUCAGCUGCAUUCCGCAUAAUACUGAACAGUUUCUGUCGUUCUCCAUUGAUGAUUUAGUUUUCGUCGACUCUUUUAAAUUCCUAACAGCAUCUCUCGAUUCGCUGACAAAAAAUCUCAUGAGCAAAGGAAAGCAAUGUUUUGUACAUUUAAGUAAACAUUUUCCCAAUCACAUCGACAUGCUAACCCGUAAACUUCCUUUCUGUUAUGAAUACGUAGAUUCAUUCGAGAAAUUAAAUGACAAACAGUUACCCAGUCACAAAGACUUUUAUUCACAACUCGCGGAAAGUAACAUUUCUGACGAAGAAUAUACCUUUGCAGAACAACUUUGGAAGGAAUUUCAUAUCACAACACUAGAGGAAUUCAUGAGACUUUACGUUUCUGUCGAUGUACUCUUAUUGUGUGAUGUCAUGGAAUCAUUUAGGGAUAUGUGUAUUAAAAGUUACGAACUAGAUCCACUACAUUACAAAAGUCUCCCGGGUUUUGCUUUAGAUGCUGCUUUAAAAAUGACCGAUGUUGAACUCGAUCUGUUCACAGAUCCUGACAUGUACGGUUUCAUUGAGAAAGGUUUACGUGGCGGGGUGUCGAUGAUUUCGCACAGAUAUUCCAAAGCAAAUAAUAAAUAUAUGAGUGAUUUUGACACACAAAAAGACACGUGCUACCUCAUGUACUUCGAUGUUAAUUCACUGUAUGCAACCACUAUGUUAGAACCACUUGCUCUCUGUGACUACAAGUUCAUCUCACGCGACGAGUUUAUUGAUAUCGAAUGGACGACUUUGGACACUGAGGGUGAGUUAGGGUACAUUUUAGAAGUCGAUCUGGAAUAUCCAAAAGAACUUCACGCAAAACACAUCUCUUUUCCUCUUGCCCCACUACACGAUAAUAUACCCGCAGAUGAGUUUUCACCAUACUGCAAACAGUUACUUGAACAAUUCGGUCUAAAUUUAAAUAAACCAUCGGGCAAAAAAUUGUUUUGUACUUUAAAAAAUAAAAGCAACUACGUCAUUCAUUUUGCAACUCUAAAGUUAUAUUUAAAACUCGGUUUGGAGUUGAAAUGCAUUCACAAAGUUUUAAAAUUCAAGCAAUCAAAGUGGAUGAAACCUUUUGUAACUCGGAACAUAGAAAAUCGCAAGCAUGCUAGAGACAAAUGUUCACAAGAUUUGUACAAAGCAAUGUCAAAUGUGUGUUAUGGAAAAUUCAUAGAGUCGGUCAGAAAAUACAAACAAGUCGAAUUGGUUACACAACGAGAACGACUAAGACGAUACACUGCAAAAUCAAAUUUCAAACACGUAAAUAUUUUUUCGGAAGACUUAGUGUCAGUUGAAAUGCAAAGAACCACUGUUACCUUAAACAAACCAAUUGCAGUAGGAUUUUGUAUUUUAGAACACGCUAAACGUCACAUUCUGUCUUUUUAUUAUGAGACCAUGGUGAAACAGUACAACGACCGCGUGCGACUACUCAUGACUGACACUGACAGUUUGUUCAUGGAAAUCAGGGAAGCUCCGGGUAAACAUUUGUUAGACCCAUACGAGUUCAUGCAACAAAAGAGUCACUUGUUUGACACGUCCAACUUUCCCCCAGACCAUCCAUUAUUUUCUAUGGUAAGGCACAAGGUGACAGGACUGAUGAAAGACGAAGCUGGCGGUUCAGUCAUUGACGAGUUCGUGGGACUUAGGGCUAAAAAUUAUAGUUUUACCAUCAUUGAUAAAAAUACAAAUUCUAAAAUCGAACACAAAAAAGCAAAGGGUAUCAAACGGGGUUUUGUUAAAAAGUCAUUGCGUCAUGAACUGUUUAAGCAAUGUCUGUUUCAGAAAAAAACGUUCUCUGCAACAUUUAAUUUGAUACGUUCAUUUAACAAUACCCUGUACACAAUCAAAAACACUAAAGUAGCUUUAAUACCUUUAGAUAAUAAACGGUACAUUUUAGAAGAUGGCAUUACCUCAGUACCAUAUGGUUAUCAAGCAUUUUAAAAAAUAAAUAAAGAUCACAGUUAUUGUUAACAUGUACGAACUGAACGAAAAAGAAGAAAUAUACAAGAAUGGACUCCAACUACUAUUAUUACCAGGUGGUAAACAGGGACACUGGAAGAGUUGUUUAUAGACACUCAGUUCUGUUUAGAAGCCGAAGACGGUGUCUGCGACAUGCACUUAGGCAUAACCUAGUUCAGUACAGAAAUGAACAUACAGCUGUACGCAUAAAGGUUGUUAUGUGUUCAGUGAACAUUGUUGGGGAACGGAAUACCUCUUGGAGAACCCCCUUUGAAAUGACCCUCAUUGCCUUUUACUUGCAUGUGCUGCAACCAGCAAUAAACCAAAUGACAAAAGACAAUUGUGAAGGCUGUGCAAUUGAUCAUCCAUCUCAAACGCAACACAGUUGUUUAAUGAUGACUCAGAAUGAAGCCAUUGAUACCUAUUUUCAAAGAGCCCUGCAGUCUUUGCCACACGAGUCAAUAGUGCGAGACGCAGAACGUUUCGUUCGCAGACACGGUGAACCGACUCAUGCGAUACACACCCUACCUUACACCAGCGUUGAGUGGCUGCAAGAGAACUUUCUUAGUGAAGAUCGUCGGAAUGUACUGGAGUUGAUGUUACGUGUACAAAUGACUGAAUGACUUUCCAGCAAUAAAACAACACUAUAGAUUAAUUAGAAAACUAAGUAAUAAACAAAGACUAUAUAUUAAUUAGAAAGUAAGAAAUAAACACACCAUACUAGUGAAUAAAGAACACUUUAUUUCUUUUAAUACUUUUCUAACACCUUUAAUUUCUUCACGCCGGGAAUGCCCGCGUUAGCUUUUCUUUUUAAAUAAAACUGUUUAUUCUUGUU